AUGGUGCUGUUCUUCACGUCCCAUGUCCAUAGUGUCCCAGUAAUCAUUUACAUGGGCAAGGACAAGGUCGAAAACGAGGAUCUGAUCCGGCAUGGCUUCCCCGAGGAUGUAUGGUUCCAUGUCGAUAAGCUUUCGUCUGCCCAUGUGUACCUCCGCAUGCCUGAGGGCAUGGAGUGGACGGCCAUUCCCGACGCGCUCUUGGAAGAUUGCUCGCAGCUGGUCAAGGCCAACUCCAUUGAGGGCAACAAGAAGAACAAUGUUACGAUUAUAUACACGCCCCAUGCCAAUGUCAAGAAAACGGGCGAUAUGGCCGUAGGCGCCGUGUCCUUUCACAACGACAGGCUCGUGAAACGCUUUUACGUCAAGGAACGCAAGAACGAGAUUGUCAACCGCCUGAAUAAGACCAAAGAAGAGCGCACGGUGGACUUUGAGGCCGAGAGGCAAGAGCGCGAGCGCGCCGCAGGCCGCAAGAAAAAGGAGCAUGCGUUACAGCAGAAAAAGGAGACACUAGAGGCCAAGCGGCAGUACAAAGAGCAGGCGGCCGCGAAGGACUACUCGCACUUGUUUUCCGACGAAGCCAUUGCUGAGUCGCAGCGUGAAAAGCAGCGUCAUGCACGGAUUCAAGCCGCACAGAAGCAGGCGGCGAGAGAGGAUGGUAAUGGCAGCGAGGAAGAUGUGUACGAGAGCGACGACUCGUUCAUGUAG